AUCCCACCGUCUGAAUGGAGUGCACAGAGGACAGCAGCACUACUGUUCUCCAUGAGGAAUCUGACCGAUACUGUGCACAAACACCAGUUGAGAGAAUGCCAAGGUGCUGAACCGAAGAAAUGCCCUGAAGCCGAAGUGCCGGAGAACGGAGGGUUGGCAUGUGUCACGGUCGCCAACAAACGCUACUGCAAACCUCUGUGCAACCAUGGUUAUGAUUUUGGUUUUCUCAGGCGUAGUCGUUUCUAUGAUGAAUGCAGUGAGCAGACAGGAUAUAAAUGGAGUACUCAGUACGUCGGAGGAAACAAGUUGGCUGUUUGUAACGAAGCGUCUAUUCAAGUUUCAGGAGCGAAGACGGCAUAUUUUCCAAAAGACCAGGACUGCCUAACAACGAAGAAAAACAGCCAACUGCAGGACAGCAUCAUGGAAGAUUUAACCACUGAGCUGAAGAGUCAAGGCAUCCAGGGAGAGCAGCAGUUUGCCUGUCUUGUAUGUGGAUGACCAUGAUGUAGAAAGCUGCAUGGCCCAUGUCAUGAAUGUUGUGGAAGUCCCUCUAAGUUACGCUGAGAAAUUAAGCUUUGCAAGUAUUUGAAAACUGUACUCAAGUUAAGUUUCAAUAUUAAAAGUUGUUCCCUUCC